AUUGUGUAUGACACAAGGUUCUAUUCACUCUACGUUCAGACACUUUCUGCUUUUUUCCUCGUUAACAACUGCUGCUAACAAUUCAAAAUCAAUACGCAAGGAUGGGCGACAAAAAUAAUCCAACAUUCAAUGUGAUUGAGCACUUUAAUAAGUACUACAUACCGAUUUUCUUGUGUCUUUGUCUGCUGAGCAACAGUCUAUCCGUGUAUGUGCUCUUUUUCACAAAGCUACGUUACAACUCAUCCAGCGUCUACUUGCGUGCACUUGCGAUGAGCGACAUGGCUGUGUUGAUGACGGUACUCAUGAUGUGGUUCGAAUGGAAAAAUGUUAUAAAUUAUGAAGAUUGGUUGCACGUUCUUUUGUUUGGUUUGCGAUUUCUAUUUUGUUUCUUGAGUGUGUGGAUUGUAGUAACCUUUACUGUUAUACGGUAUAUAGCAAUCAAAUGGCCGCUACUUCGUCGCUCCUUGUGCACGGUCAACCGUGCCAAAAUCAUGAUGAUCGGACUGGUGGGAUUAGCAGUUUUAUACUCUAUUCCAUGGUUCAUUAUAGAAAGUGCAACGAAGAAAAAUUUUGAUGCAAAUGUUGAGAAAACAAACUUGACGUACUGGUGGAGGAUUUUAAUCAUCACCAAUGCUAUUAUAAUGUUGAUUUUACCCGUCACAAUGAUAGUAAUGUUUAAUACUCUGAUAAUUUGCAUCAUUCGCAAGCAGAAUUGUAUCCGAAAAAACUUUAUUUUAAGUUCCGUUGCUUGCAAUGGGAAUAUUCGAAGUUCAAAAGAUGAAAUUUCACACAUUAAGGCCACAAAAAUGCUCGUUAUUAUUUCAAGCAUAUUCAUAUGUUUAAAUGUACCUGUACAUAUCUGCUCCUUUAUUCUUCUCGAUAACAUGAGUGGUAAAUAUUUUUCUAUGAUUUUGUUUGAUAUGAUCAGUUCUAUUUUAUAUGUAACAAAUUACGGGAUAAACUUUAUUCUGUAUUAUGCAACUGGAGAAACUUUUCGCAAAGAAGUGAUCCGCAUUUUUACGAAAUGUUCAGAUACUAAAAAGGACGAAUAUAUGGAGAUGGAAGAUUAUGCGAAACAGUACAAUUGAUACUUAAUCAUUCAAUUGUUAUAAGCAGAAAAGCUUGAAAGCAGUAUAAUAUGUGUAUGACUGAUUGAUCUGAAAUCAUAUUUUCAAAUUAUUUUAACAGAUAUUGAGAAAGCUUAAUUAAUCCGUAAUCAUGAUGUAUUAUAUUAUUUAUUAUAUAAUGUAUGAUAUAAUAAAGCAGUAUAUUAUUUUACAACAUUGCGCUUAAAAAAAG